AGUCAGUUUGAGAAACUGCAUCAUACAUCUCACCUCCAGGCAGCGGACAGCAGAAAAACACUGUGAGGAUCUGAACCGCACAGUUAAAGAUGCUGAGACUUUUGUUUUUAUUGGCCUUCGCUGUGAUAUGCACGGCUCAAAAUGACAUCCAGUUGUCAGUGUUCACUGUAACAUCAAAGAGUAUGACCGUGCAGUGGAGCGGCCACACUGGUGCCAGCUCCUACAAGAUCACAGCGACCCCCAAGAACUCCCCGGAACAACCCGUCUUUGCUCAGUUCAGCGGCAACACGGUGAUGGGCUCAGUUAACUCCCUGUCACCAAACACAGUGUACACCAUGCAGUUAGAAGCUAUGGACAAUAAUCUCAGAGUGCUCAGCAGUGCAAAGACCGAGGAGACGACAGCUCCUGAUGUACCCAGCAUUGGGCAGGCCUACUCCAAACACAGCGACAGCAUCACUGUUGAGUUCACAGAGGUAUCUGGAGCAACCAGCUACAUCCUGAGGGCAGAGUCAAAGACAGGUGAUUUCUUCAAGGAGACCACUGUGAGCAGCUCCCCAGGUACUAUGGUGGAGCUCCAGCCCUACACAGACUAUGUUAUGAGCGUCAUGUCCGUCAACUCAGGGGGGAGAAGCCAGCCCUCGUACCCCACAGAGGCCAGGACAGUUGUAAUGGCGCCCAACUUGAACACAUCCUCCCCUAGCAAUGGCACCAUUCUUGCAAACUGGGACCCAGUGAAGCACGCCGUCCUCUACACACUGGUCAUCAUCCGAGAGGGCUCCAGCGCCCGCCUCACACUGAAUACCACUAACACCAUGAUGAGGUUCGAUGACCUUGAACCAGGAACUACAUACUGUAUCAAGAUCAUGGCCUGGGACUCUGAGGGUCGCACUGGUGAUGACAUCACUGUCUGCCAAAUCACACGUCCUCAGACCCCAGAUGUGACCCAUGUCGAGGUAACUCCGGGGCGGUCUCUUGGGAUUGCUGUAUUCUGGUCUUCAGUGACGGGUGCUAAUCUCUACUUAACCUGGACCUCCAAUGGCCAAAACUGUUCCACGGGAAAUAAUUACUGUUAUAUCAAUCCUGUGGAGUGUGGACAAAACCACUCAGUCUAUGUCAUAGCCUUUAACGAUGCUGGACCCAGCAACCCCUCAGUACCAGCUUACUACAUAACAUAUCCAUGUCCGCCAGAGAACAUCUGGGUGGAGGAGCCCAAAGCGGGUAACUGCUCGGUGAUGUGGGACAAAGUGCCUCUGGUGGAGUAUUACAUGGCGUUCAUAAAGCGGGAUGAUGGAAUGGAGAUGUUCUGUAACACCAGUGACACCACCUGCCCAUUUUCCUGCAUGUGUGGCUACACCUACCUCACCACCGUAUUCCCCUACAACCAGGCCGGCUCCAGCCCUUUCGGGCAUGUCCGCAACUACACCACCAUUCCUUGUUGCCCGGAGGAUGUUACCAUAAACCUGGUUUCCACGGAGACCCUGGAAAUCAUGUGGUCACCAGUCAAAGGAGCCGAACUGUAUGAGACAACAGCAGCAGAGACUAAGAACAUCAUCCACUGCAAUGACACAGCACCGGUGUGUGUGCUCUCAGAUUUGAACUGCGACACGGCGUAUUCUGUGACCGUGACACCUUGCAGCGAUUUACGAGGAUGCAACUACACCUGCAAACCACUCACACAUGAGACAGCUCCAUGCACUCCAGAGAUCCUGAACAUAACACAGACCAACAGCUCGACAUACAGCAUCGUCUUCACCACACCCAACACCCCCAACACAAAUUAUACCAUCACUGCCACUGGACGCUAUGACAGACAACUCUGCCAGUCGAGGAAUGGCUCCUGUGUGCUCACACAGCUGCCCUGCGGCUCGGUCUAUGAGGUUACAGCUGUGGCCACUACAGCUGUGGGGAAAAGUCUGCCAGGGUUCAGUAAACCUUUGGAAACAGGUCCUUGCUGUCCCGUGUCUGUGAAUGUGACCCAGGUCACCCAAGCUAUGACCAAUGUGACCUGGUCACCUGGCAGUGGAGCUCGCUUAUACAUUACUGCUCUGACAUCACAACGUGGACAUGCCAAAUGCCACACUCUGGACACUCACUGCCUGAUGGGAUGCAUCACCUGUGGAACCAACUACAGUGUCAACCUGGAAGCAAUCAGCAGCACAGGACACAAGUCAGAGUGCAAAUAUAAUGGCUUCUCUUCCAGUGCCUGCUGUCCAACAGGCGUCAAGCUCUAUCGCAGGACCAACAACACCCUCAGGGUGUACUGGCGCUCGUUUGGCCCUCAGAUCUAUAUUCAUUCAGUUGAGCUGUACGGUACAGGAGCCAACUACACCUGUAUGGCAGGUGCAGGUAGCAUGUACUGUGACAUCCAGGAGGAAACAUGUGGGGAUGUCUACACCGUAGUGGCAGCACCACUGGAAAAGUAUGGGAACAAAGUCACCUUCUGCCAGCCCAGGACAUACUCAGUUCCCUGUCCUGGAAGUAAUGCUGGUAUGGUAAUAUCUCGUGCAAGACGAAGUGUGAAUUAACUGUGUGUGCACAGCCCGACCACCAACACAGCAACAAGGACCGAGGAAUAUGUUUACACCAGUGACAACUGUGAAGAUUCAUCAGUAUACCCAGAUUACACUGAGUCUGAUUAUAUCUGUUUAAUAAAAUGAAAAAUAAAUAUUAAAAUCAAAACAAAACAUGGAGAAUAGUGGGGGGGGUUAAUGGGCAAUUACUGAGAGCAUUAUUUUAUUUUUAUUAAGAAGUGUUUGUUUUACUUUCGACUCUACAAUUCCUCAUGUACACUUACAGUUUCACUUGGAUUUGAAACAACAUGUAAUGAUAUCUAGUAACAAUUAUGAAGCAGCAGAACUUGAAACUUUAUGCUGAGACCCCAACAUAAAAGUAUCAUUCAAAAGAAAACACGUUUUUUAAAUAUCUUAGGACUUCUCCAAGUAGAGAACCUCCAUAUGGCUUCAGCUUGAUGUCUCCUGGUUGUUAAAGCUGGUGUGUGUGACCAUGAACAGAGUGGCAGUGAACGUGUGGCAGCAGGGAUCCAUCUCAUGGAGUCUGUGGAUGAUACAUCUGAUCAUACUGCCGGAGAUAGAUUCAGUGUCAUGUCUGCUUUCAUUGGAUUUCUCCCUGAUGACAGAUGAAAAAAAUAAAGCACUUUUUUUGCAUCACAA